AUGGACUUCCCUGCGAAUUCAACCCACUCCGAUGGCGGAGAUAUCUUUGACGUCAUCAUCAUUGGAGCUGGAAUAUCUGGCAUCAACACAGCAUACUAUCUCCAAGCUCAUGGUCCCUCAGGAGCUUCUUACACCAUUCUAGAAAGCCGUGGGCAGAUUGGUGGAACAUGGGACCUUUUCCGGUACCCUGGUAUUCGAUCAGACUCGGACAUCUUCACUUUUGGAUUCUCUUGGAACCCAUGGAAGGGUCUUGAGCCUCUGGCUAGCGGGCCAGCCAUCAAGUCUUACCUCCAGGAGUCGAUUUCCAUGCACGGUAUCGAUAAGCACAUCAACUUCCAUCACCAAGUCUCUUCUGCGGACUGGUCAUCGGCAGAAUCUCUAUGGAAAAUUCAAGCAACUGUGGGAGGAGAAAAGGUCAAGACUUUCAGGGCUCGCUUCAUUGUCUUGGGAACCGGGUACUACGAUUAUGAUCAGCCUCUCGCCGCAGAAAUCCCGGGAAUUCGCAACUUCUCGGGUCAGGUGGUUCACCCUCAAUUUUGGCCUGAAGAUCUGGACUACCGCAAUAAAAACGUGGUCAUCAUCGGAAGCGGUGCAACGGCAGUGACGCUGCUGCCCAACAUAGCAACGGACGCCAGCCGGACGACCAUGCUUCAAAGAAGUCCGACUUAUAUCACCGGAUUGCCCACACAAAAGACUUUUAUCAGCAGGUUGAUGCUAUCUGUGCUUCCACGAAGCAUUUCGAGCCGUAUCUUCCGGGUUCAGUUCAUGUUGCUCGGAUACCUUCUUUACUAUUACUGCCAGAUGUUCCCAAAGUCAGCCCGCCGAGCUUUGCUGGGACGUGCCGCCAAGGAGUUGCCCCCGGGCAUGCCUAUCGACCCGAACUUCAGUCCACGAUACAACCCAUGGGACCAGCGUCUUUGCGUGUGCCCCGAUGCCGAUUUCUUUGCGGCCUUGCGAGCUGGGAAGGCUGACGUCGUCACGGACGUCAUUGAGACGGUGACCGACAAGGAGAUCAAGCUGAAAUCAGGAAAGACUCUCCGGCCAGACAUCAUCGUCACGGCAACAGGCCUCAAGAUUCGAUUUGCCGGAGGAAUAUCGUUGUCCGUCGACGGCAACCCCGUGGACCCGAACCAGAAAUAUGGAUUCAAGGGCUGCAUGCUGCAGGAUAUUCCCAACCUGGCCUACAUCUUUGGCUACGCCAACGCUUCGUGGACCUUGGGCGCUGAAGCGACCAGUUCAUAUCUGGUGCGUCUCUGGCGGGCCAUGAGGGCUAACGGCAUUCGUUCCGUCACGCCGUACCUCGAAAAUCCUGGAUCUAUGAAGCCGAAGCCAGUGAUGGGUCUCACUUCGACCUAUGUGAAGAAUGCGACGAAGGUGUUCCCCAAAGCUGGAGAUGGGCUUUGGGCGGCGAGGAGAUUCUAUAUGGUAGACUUGUGGCGAGCUAUGUUUGGAAACCUCUUUGUGGGAAUGAAAGUCGCGUAG